GCAUUGCCGGCGAGCCGCGACGACGGACGCGUUGCAUAGUUUCUCUCGUCUCGCAUUUUCCCCGACUCAUAGAAAUCGUCUCGAACGAAUACACAAAGUACCACUAACUUCGCUCUUUGCGCUCGCAUCUGCGCAAAUAAGUGCGCGGGCAGGGAGUCGCCGGCUGCGACGUGUGCGAUUCUAUCGAUCACGCGAAGUGUCAACGGGUGUAUGUGCGUGGUUCUGCCGCUUGCGUCUUCUUUUUAGCCCCAUGUUGUCAUCGAAAAUUCUCCUUUCAUAAGCGCGCGCGAACGCCAAUAAACGCCCUUUUUCGUUCGCUGGUACCGUUCGUGAACAAACGGUGCAUAGUUUUGCGCGCGCGCAUGUAUAUACGCGUGUAUAUACGUGCGGGUGAUGGAGUUAUUGGCUUAGAAGCCCGAGGUUAUAGUCGACGAAAAUAGACGCGCGAGUAUCAAGAGUCAAGUGAAUCGCGGGCAUUGUUGCGAUUUACUAUAAUAUUUCGCAGCGACGAGUUUGUAUUCGCGGAAAAACUAUUGCGAAGAAAUGUACAUGCUUGUGUGUGUGUGCGACUGUGUCAGAUUUAACGGGAGCGUGGUGUAAUCUAGCAGCACGCGGUAUUUUCGUGGGAAGGUGUCGCGGAAGUAAACUUAUGAAGCACAAUUGGUAUUAGGUAGGAUUGAAAUGUUAUUAUUAAUUCAUGGUUCUUGUCAAAAUACUUGAAAACCGUGGCGGGAAAUUUUUCAAUCAACUAAUUGCAUUGAAGAAAAAUUGAAUAUCGUGUAUAUCGGAUAAUUGCUUGGAAAUACAAUAAACAAAAUACAAUAAACCAAAUAAAGCAAAUUGUAUAAAAUACUUUGUGCAUUGCAAUUCAACGUUUGUUACAAAGUGUAACGUGUGACGUGUAACGUGUUAAAGACACAAGAAGGAAAGUUGAAACCAGCGAAAUGGACAAUGAUUUAAGUCAGCUUGUGGAGUGAGCUGUAGCCUGAUCGAUGAGUUUUCUUGUCGUGGCAGUGUGCUGAUUGUACAGCGUUCUAUUGUAACAAGUUGCAACAUUCCGUGGCAAUACAAUAAGUAUAUCGGACCAACUGAAGCGACAGCAAACCAAGAUGAUUCUCCGCCGAAAGUCGCUGCAUAGCUGCAAUUGUCCCUGCCAUCAACAUUGCUCCACCAAAUGCACAGAAGAUGUAGAGAGUAUGACAGGCGAGAUAGAAAAUGGAGACCUGGCAGUUCGAGAUGUUGCAGAUCUUCUUCAGGCACAAUAUGCUAUUAUUACAGGAGGGAAAACGCGAGAGGGAUGUCCUAUAAUCACAUUUCCAGACAAUGGCAAUUUUCAUAAUUUGACAGACUUGGACUAUCAACGUCUCAUGUUAUACCUUACUUCUGUGCCAACAUUGCAAGAAGCUGAUCUUGGAUUCCAUUUGAUUAUUGAUCGAAGGAAUGAUAAGUGGAACUCAGUGAAAACAGUGCUUCUGAAAAUUUCUGCAUUUUUCCCUGGUUUAGUGCAUGUAGUAUAUGUUUUGCGACCUGCCGGAUUUUUACAGAAAGCCAUUUCGGAGGUAUCGAAUAAGCUGUUCCGCGAGGAUUUCAAGUUCAGAGUUAUUUUCUUGGCUAAUAUUGUUGAACUUCACGAGUUUAUAGAAACAGAUCAGCUCACUGAGCCACUCGGCGGCAAUUUACCAUAUUGUCAUCACACUUGGAUACAGAAUAGAAUUAGUCUGGAAAAGUUUUCAUCAAUGACGCAGGACGUAUCUUUCGCGUUAGAUUCCUUCACGCGACGUUUGGCUGAAGUGGAAUUUCCUAACAAUACUAUCGCUACGACCACAUUAUUGUCACAGCAACAAGCUGAGUAUAACGAGUUAAAAGAAGAGAUACUUAGCGCUGCUAGGCAUGGAGAAGCUCUUUUGGAUAGCGUACGGCAGCUAACUGGAAAAGGAACGGCUGAUAGAUUGGGAAAUGUUGCAGCAGUAGAGAGGCUACUUGUCCAGUUGGAGGAAACUGAGCGAACUUUCGACUUAUUUUGGUCACAUCAUAGCUCACGUUUGAGACAUUGUUUGGCUCUAAGGCAAUUCGAGCAAGAUUUCCGGGAAUUACAAACGACGUUAGAUCAGCAUCUAAAGACGGCGGAAGAAAUGACAGAGGUCGGCGAGACGCAAGUGCGAGUUGAGCAGCUGCUGCACGACACAUCGGCAUUUCAACGAAUAUGCAGAGGAGACAUAGAUCGCGCAGAAGAGGUGAUAUCCGCUGGUCAACAGUUAUUGUCCGGCAGGCAUCAAUGCCCAACGGACGUUGUGGAACCUAAAUGCGUGGAGUUGCAAAGAGUCUGCACCAUCCUUAGUCAGAGACUGGAGAGACGAUUGCACAUGUUAACCAAAUGCCGGGAGCUUAUGGAGCGUAUAGAUAAGGCUAAUACUUGGUGCACACGAGGGAUAGAAUUGUUGGCGUCGCAGAACAGCACCACGCCGCCGGAUCAAGCGCUUCAAGAGUUGCAGCAGUUGAUCGAAGCCGCGGAGGAGUUCCACCAUCCCCGAUGUAUCUUUCAAGAUUCCGUGAUGCCAGAAACUAAAGCGCUCAUUACUCAAGUUCUACAAAGGAUAGAAGAUGUAUCCUUGAUGUGCGAUAAGAGAAUAAUGGCACUAAAGCAGCAAUUGAUCAAACCAGCCAGACCAAUACAAACCGUUACUCCAGAACCAGUGAAACCCUUACAAUCACUGCCUCAAACUGUAAAGCCCAGCAGAGUUCUCAAAAAAGCCAACACCAUGCCAAAGAUGGAGAUGAGUCCUAUAGAGGGAGAAUCCUCAUCACCGGAAAGCGAGCCUCGAGACAUCGAAGCUUUACGUUUGAAACGCGGUCACGUCUUGGCGGAACUUGUGGAAACUGAGCGAAUCUAUGUAACCGAACUUGGUUCGAUCAUUAAAGGUUACAAGAUGGAAAUGACAAACGAAACGAUGGCCCAUUUGAUACCAGCUGCAUUGGUUGGCAAAGCGGACGUAUUGUUUGGCAAUUUAGAGGAUAUUUAUAAAUUUCAUAAUGAAACUUUUCUAAGAGACUUAGAGAACUGCAUCUCGAAUACUGAGUUGGUCGCUUUGUGCUUUGUUCAAAGACGCGAGACAUUCUUUGUAUUGUACAGUUAUUAUUGUCAAAAUAUACCGCGAUCUGAGAGAUUGCGCGAACAGAUACAGAGCGAACCGCAGUUUCUCGCAGCCUGUCAGCAGAAACUUGGUCACAAGUUGCCGCUCGCUGCCUACCUCCUCAAGCCCGUUCAGCGAAUUACCAAAUACCAGUUGUUGUUAAAGGAUUUAUUAAAGUACAGUGAUGAACCUUCAUGCUGUACCCAAUUGCAAGAGGCACUUGAUUGCAUGCUAGUCGUGUUAAAGUGCGUCAAUGACAGCAUGCAUCAAACUGCAAUAACGGGUUUUGGAGGUGAUUUGAGUGCACAGGGUGAAUUAUUGUUACAAGGCUCGUUUAGCGUUUGGAGCAGCAGUAAACGGGAGCGAUUAUUGCGAUUAAAACCAUCUCAACGGCAUAUCUUCUUAUACGAGAAAGCUUUGAUAUUUUGUAAGCAUAGCAAGCCUCAAGCUCACAACAAGGCUACAUACCAUUUCAAAAGAUAUUUGAAGAUGUCUCAGAUUGGUUUGACAGAAUCGGUGAAAGGCGAUGCUAGACGGUUCGAGAUAUGGUUGCAAGGCAGGGCUGAAGUACACACGAUACAAGCGCCCAGUAUCGAUGUUAAACAAUCCUGGGUGCGUCAGAUCAAGGGCGUUCUGAUGUCUCAGUUAGCCGAACUCAAAGGGAAACAGAAUUCGGCUCUUGGAAAAUCCAAUCAUAAGCCGUUGCGACAAACAAUCUCGUGGGAAGCUCAAAGCAGUAUAUCGGGAUCUUUACGAACACUAUCCGUCGAUGGUAACAGCGUUAUCUCGCACAUGACCGACGUCUCACAAUCUACGGAGGAGGAUGCGGCAUGGAGUUCGGAAAAUAGCAAUACGGAUGAGGAAGACGCUUUUGGCGACAAUCCAGGACCGGCACCGGGUGGAAGGUACGUGGCAUUGGCAGAUUAUUGCGCGGUGGGACAAUCGGAAGUGACGAUGCGCGAGGGUGAUACCUUGGAGCUUCUAAAAGUCGGCUGUGCUGGUUGGUGGUUUGUUAAACUAAUUGGCACUGGCAUGGAAGGCUGGGCGCCCGCGGCGUAUCUGGAACCGAUUAGUCGCAAAACGUCACGCAGUUCGCAGUCGGUCAAUAGUCAAGAGACUAUAUGAAACAGGCGACUAACACACUAGGAAGCUUGCUAGUGUGUUAGGUCUUUGUUUAUCUCAAGCUUGAGAUCGCCAGGUGUAUUGUUGUAUUGAGAAACAUUUAUUGUUGAAAACGGUAAGAGCAUUUUUUAAAUGGCGGAUGAAGUGGAUUUUUGGAAAUCUUUUAUAGCAUUCAAACAUGAUGAUGAGUUGCAUCAUUUUACAUUUUUCUUGUAUAAUACAAAUAUACAAUGCUUGACGUGUAACGCCUUUGUAUUUGCGAUACUAAGAACGUUAAGUUGAACGGGUGAUAAGAUUUUUACGUUUACGAGAAUUUUAUACUAAUGCAUACCGAGAAGGAGAGAUGGAACGGAAAGAGAAAUUUCUUCGUUCUAUGAUAAUUGUCGAGAACUUUGUUCGCGUUGUAACGUCAAAUUAAAUGAAGCCGUUCGUGAGCACAGAAUGACGUUUACUGAAUUGUACAAAAUGUAGCAUUGAAUUAAGCCGGGAUAUAUACGUGCACGCGCGCACAAUGGAGGACUCAGAUGUGAUCUUGAUCUAUCGAUCACGAUCAAUUUCUGAAAUAAUAAUGCACACACUGUAAUCAACAAGAGGAAGAACACUGAUAAUCUUAAACGUAUCGUCGUUUUGGUUACUACAUUAAGAAUCUACAUGAAGAAGUAAUCUAUGAAUGAGACUUAGUUUUUAUUUAUGACCCGGGUAAUCAAAUAUCGGCUAUGUACGCGAUUAAUUCCAAAGUUUAAUAUCGUAAGAUCGUAAAAAGGCGCGCGACACUCUUUCGCCCAUAAGAUUCUGCUAACGAUCCGAGAAACAAUCUUAUCCUUGCUUGGUGUAUACCUUGCGGUGUCGCGUGUCUAACGAAUCGAUCGCCAGACCCAUUGUCGUCGAUCGCACUCGUGUAUCAUUAUACAUUGGCUUAGAGUAGAAUAGAUUAUCCUAGAUGCAUUGUCAUCACAAUCGGAAAUAGUACAAUUUAGCGCAGUUUCGCGAGCUUUUGAGAGUAUUUUAGACGCUUUAUUUGCGAAGUUUGAGCUGUUUUCGCUUCCCGGGGUUGAAUUUAAAAUAUAUUUGCAAAGACUAUCGAAAAUAUAUAGAUCCCUUCGAGCCUUCAAAGACGAGAAAUGUGUGAUAUAAACGUUAGAGAUCGAUGCUUCUGCAGAUUAAUAAUUGUAAACAUAUGCAGAAAAAAAAAACACAAAUGUUUAAUUAAUAUAUCGCCAUUCUUAGGAAGUUAGACAUAUGUAUAUUGUUGACGAGUCGUUGCGACCAAAUAAGCUUGAGAUAUUAUGAAUAUGACUAUAAUGUAAACAUUAUAAACCAUUCGUUUCGAAAGAAUAACGCGGUGAUAGGAGGGUAAGAGAGAAAGAGAAAGAGGAGGGGAGUUAAGAAUUAUAUACAAUGUGUACACAAAUUUUCUAGGAGGCUAAACGGUUAACACCAACAGUAACACGCAAUAUCUGAUAUCGAUCAAUCUUAACAUCUAACAUUUUAGAACUACAUAUAAUAAACUAUCUCAGUUAUCUCUAGCGGAUUUCAUAACCCACCAAUUUCAUAAAUCUCUACUAUGAUAUAUAACAAUGUAUGAUAGCAUCAUUUGUACCGAAACAUUUGUAUGGAUAACAUAAUUCUUAAGGGAUUAUCUCGAUUGUUAUGAUUUUUUUCGCCAACGUCGUAUAUACGUUAUAAUUAUGUCCGCUCCUAUAUGAUAUACAUACACAAGGACAUGAUUUCAUCGCAACUUUUGAUAUAGCCUAUAUGAGUCUUGUUUUUGAUAUUUAUAAUUCAAGUAUUAUUUUAUUUAUUAUAGAUAAAGCGUGCGUUCUACAUGAUAUUUAUUAGAUAUUUAUUAGAUAGUUAUAUUUGUAAAAAAUAGAGAAUUAUUUAAUAUUGCAUAUAUAUACAUAAAUUGUAGCAAUCGAUAUAUUACAUUACAUUGGUCCAGGCUGGUUCAAAUUAAUUUACAGCAUACAGUAAAUACUAUAUAAAGCAUUUAAAGCUGUAUAAUUCUGUCAAUUUUAUAAUUAUAGAGUUCUAUAAUUAUAGAGUUUUAUAAUUAUAGAAACAACUAUACAUGAAUUUGUUUCUUAUUGGAAUGCUACGUUUAUACAUAUUCCAAUUAUGUAUAAGUGUCUUUGUGUUGCAAUUUUUACUUUCUACACUUCUUAAGGAUCUAUGCACAUUAUAUGUAACGUUAGCGUCACUUCAAUGUAUCGUCUAAAUUUUUUAAAUAUUGUAAUAUUUAUUCUCUCUACGAUAUUCUCUGCAGCAUUUAAAUUUUAUUCUGAAAAUAUUUUAAUGUUAAAAAUAAGAACGCAGUCGCAAUCUUAGAUUAGAUCGUUAUCAAUCGAGAUAGCAAAGCGGCUCCAGUGAUGCUAAAUAUCUUAACAAGGAAAAUAGUUGGACAGUACAUGUUUCGUAUAGUAUGCAUAGACUUUCAAUCUUUUGAAGUUGUAAUAUAUUCAUAUGUAUCCAUUUAUAUGCCGUCCUUAUAUUAACCGUAAGAUUUUAAUCAAAUGCAUGAGCAAUAUUAGUUUAAACGAUCGUUUUCCCGAUGCGUCUCUUUACGUUGCGAUAAUAAUAUUAAAGAUGUACGAACUCGAAUAGCCGGAAAUGUGAAUACGAAACGUUGGCUUUUCUGCGAUUAAUUUCAUUUACAACAUAAUAGACUUUAUGCAAAAAAAAAGAGAAGUUAAAAGUUAUUUAUAACUCUCGAAACUCUACUGAUAUCGUACAUUCUUUAGCGAAGACUUUCGCAAACAGUUCAUGAUCACUUUGUCGUUCAUGUCCUCGAUCGAGCAAUCCCUCAUCUGUAAAAUCGCGAUUAAGCGACCAAGUCUAAGUGAUACUUAUAAAUAUGCAAGGCGCGUUUUUUGUAGAAAUUAUAAAUAUAUAUAUAUAUACACACACAUACACACACAUAUAUAUAUAUAUAUAUAGACAAUAAUUAUACCUGCUGUUGAAGGAUACAUGACGCGUUCAUUCGGUGAUAACGAUGAUAAAUGUAUAAUUCCCGAAGCGAUACUUCCCUCCGCGAUUAACGGAGCAAAUAGAAGCAGGUUUCUGCGAGUGUGAAUCUCUCUCACCCCGUAGAUUAUGGAUUUAUAAUAAUAUUAAUAGAGAUCUCGUAUAUAUAAAUGCACUUUUGCGUGUGCAAUCUUUCAAAAAUGAAAAACUUAUGUGAGAGAGGAAUUUGACGUUCAACCGCAAUCUCUUUACGGAUGGUUCCUUUCGUCGUUCCUCGUCGGCAAGAGAGUGAUAGUAAAGUCUAUUUUUGCAUAUAACACGUGAUAAAGAGGCUGCCGAAAUCUCUUCUAUUUGCAUUACAUAUGUAUUAAGUAAGCGCUAUCAUUUCUCAUCAAUAAGAAUCGUUGGCGGUAUGCUUUUUCUUUAUUUAAUUAACAUAUAAUAUAUGCUUUAUUAAACUUAAAGAAUGAAAUUCUUCUUUCCUCUCGUAAUAAUUUGUAAUUAUAAAUUGUAAAUUAUUUUAUUCUUCAUACAGGAUGUCCCAGAAUAAUAAACUCUAAUAAAUUCGCAAAUUAGUCAUUUUAACACUAGAGAAUCAAAAACUAUCAAAAGGAAACUACGCAAACCUGAAAAUUCUGAUUUUAAUAAAACUUUAGAUGUAAGGGGUGGAGUAAAUAGAUGUGUGUUUAAUAAAAUUUUGAAAAAAUAAUUUUUUCGAAGAUUUUUGUUUUUUGUAUUUGAUUCUCUGGUGUUAAAAUGGCUCGUUUGUAGACAUUUAUUGACAAAAUUAAUUUCUCUUGGUGUCUUUUAUGCCACCUGAAAUUUGUCGGUCUAAUUUUGAGACACCCUGUAUAAGAAAGAAAUUUUACACUCGGAUUUUAAAAAUAAUAAUUUUUAUAUACGAGGCAAAAAAAUUGCUGAAACUUAAAUUAAGCGUGUUUGUUAAAUGAUUUUGUUUUAAACGUCUGUUUUUUAAAUUUUUUAAUUAUGUUAAAUAAAUAAAAGAAACAAAUGCGUUAGAAUUAUGCGUUUCGAAUAUAUUUUUGGUGUGUAUGUACAUUUGUACGAAGAGAUACGAGGCGUGAUACGAGUAUAUCGAAUAGCGAGAAAUGAUCAUUUUCAAUUGUUACAUAUAUACAUCAUCUUAUCGUCUUCAUGAAGGGAAUGCAAUGUGCAAUGUAUAUUCGAGCUCGUACAAGAAUUUUGUUAACUUGUCCGAAUCUUGCGUACAAUCAGUUGUCAAAUCUUGUAUGAGAGAUCUGCAAUAUAUUAAAACGGGAACAUUAAACGCGAGAAUUCAAACGGAGCAGCAAAAAA